GAAACCUUCUGUGUGAAGUGGUCUGGUAAUUGGUAACAGUCACAUAUAGAGGAAGUCACCAUUGCCAACUAGGAUAUGACACUGAAUUGUACAUCGGGGAAAUUAAUCUGUUCUUAAGGGUUGAAUUACCCUGCUACAUCACAGUGGGUUUUUAGCCCGCUACUUGAUGAAGAUGGCAGCUAACAAUGCAGUGCUGAACCGACUGGAGCAGAAGGGUGCAGAGGCUGAUCAAGUUAUUGAGUACCUCAAACAGCAAAUUGCUCUGCUCAAAGAGAAAGCUAUCUUGCAGGCAUCCCUCCGAGAAGAGAAGAAGCUCCGUGUAGAAAAUGCAAAACUGAAGAAAGAAAUUGAAGGGCUGAAACAAGAGCUGAUUCAGGCUGAAAUUCGAAAUGGAGUAAAACAGGUUGCAGUUCCUUCUGGUACCACCGUUUCUACAGCUUCGUUUUCAGAAGAUGUUCCACAGCCCACAGCAGUUGCAUCAUCUGGUUCCAAAGAUCAUGUUAAAGGUGAAGAUGAAGAAAAGAAAAAGAAGGAAAAAGUAGAAAAAAAAGUAGGUGAUAAGAAAGAGAAGAAACAGCAGCAAGCUGCUGGAAGUAGUGAUUCAAAACCUGUAGAUGUAUCUCGUCUGGAUCUUCGUGUUGGCUGCAUUAUUACUGCUGAAAAGCACCCAGAUGCAGACUCAUUGUAUGUUGAAAAGGUGGAUGUUGGAGAAGCGAGCCCAAGGACUGUUGUCAGUGGUUUAGUGAAAUAUGUUCCCCUGGAUCAGAUGCAGAAUCGGAUGGCAAUACUGCUCUGUAACUUGAAGCCUGCGAAGAUGAGAGGAGUAGUAUCUCAAGCAAUGGUGAUGUGUGCCAGCUCCCCGGAAAAAGUAGAAAUUCUGGCUCCCCCACCUGGGGCAGUGCCUGGGGACAGAAUCACUUUUGAAGGUUUUCCAGGGGAUCCUGAGAAGGAACUUAAUCCCAAGAAGAAGAUUUGGGAGCAAAUCCAACCUGAUCUUCAUACCAAUGACCAGUGUGUUGCUACAUACAAAGGAGUUCCAUUUGAAGUGAAAGGGAAAGGAGUCUGCAGGGCAGAGACCAUGGCAAACAGUGGAAUUAAAUAAAUGAUUAUUAGCUGCUUGUUCGGGUGUUGAAAUGGAAAGUAAUGCGAGCACAAUAAAAAACACGAGUGUAUAACCUUCUGAAAUGCAUGUCUAAUACCUUUUUUUGUUUGAUUCUUUUCCUGGAGAUACGUAAUGCUAUACCUGCAACACUAACAAUUCACUCAUCUCCUUAUUAUCCUCUUUGAGGUUGUGUUCUAUGCAAUUAUUAACCACUCAGUGUUCAAGACAAUUACCAGGGUUCAUUCAUGGAGGAACUGAAGUCUGAUGAGUGUAUUUUCUAGGUAACUGAGAAGUUAAGAGAGUCCAUGAAUCAAGAGCAUCUCAAUAAGGAAAACUUUCUGCCCUAUUCCUUGUGCGCUAACCUCAGUUCAAGAGGUACAGUGCUAACAGCUGGUCAGAAGACUGCAAGUGUCGUCGUUCUUGUCAUCUUUCAGCGGUAUCAGACCUUUUAAGCAUUUUUCAGAUUUAUUAUAAACUUCUGCAACUUCUUUUUUGGCUGUGUUUUCUGAGUAGUCUGCAGACAGUUGUGAUGGGAGCAUUAAACUAUGGCCCCUUAUGCCCCAGAAUAUGCAAAAUGACAUAUAUCAAAUAUGUUGCUUUGCUAAAAUAGUUCUGGAGUUUCAUCUUUUUCAUCUCAGUUGUUCCUUCCUAGAGAGGGACGUUACUAAUGAAGGACAGUUAGAUAAUAGAUUGCCAAAAAAAUGUAGUCCAAUAUGAAGAAGUUGGAAGAAGUUGGUUUUUCAAUGCUUAAAACACACAAAUGUUUUCCCAUUUUAAUGUAUAUUUUGAAUAAUAUUUUGUCCAAAAUAUGCUUUGAUUUUUUUUUUUCGGUUUUAUUUCAAUUAUUUCCUAAUAAUGUAUUUUAAGUAGGCACAACUACUAUGGUGAUAUUCUUAAAUUACUCCUUUUAACUCUUGCCUUUCAGUAAUCAGAAAGUAAACGUUACUGAUCAAUUCACAAUAAAACUUGAGAAAUAACUAUUCAGAAACA